AUGAGAAAUUUAACAGAAGCUGAGGAAAAAUUUUUAAAUCAUGAUUGGGUGAACGAUAAAAAAUGGAAAUUAUAUUUAAGUAAUCUAUAUCCAUCUCCUUCAAUAAAUAAUAUUGAAAAAUAUAAAAAAAAGUAUUUUCAGAAGAACAUUGACAAAAAUCUCGAUCUAAGUACAAAAUUUGAUCAAAUGAAACAAGAAAAUCCAGACAAUUCAAAUUAUCAGAAUUUUUAUUCUCAUAAUAACAAUUAUUAUAAUUAUAGUGGAAAGUUACCAUUUCUAAUAUUUUUUUAUUUCAUAUUUGUCUUAUGCUUUAGUGUGUUUUAUUUUAUAAUUCUUUCAUUGAAUUUAAGUUUAUAUAAGAAAAUUGGAACAUACGUAUCUUUCUCUUAUUUAUUUUCAUUUAUUGGUUUAUUAUAUUUAGAAUAUAAAACAAAGAAACAAAAUUUUUCACUAUUGCAAUAUUUUUCUAGUGAAAAAGGUCAAUAUUUAUCUUAUUCUAUAAUACUUUUUUUUAUUAAAGAUGCCAUUUUAAUUUUUUUACCAAUUUUUUUAACUCUUCUAAUAAAUAGUUUUAUAAUUUUUAAACAAAUAAAAUCAUUAUUUCCAUCGAUAAUUCAGAAAAAUCACUAUGUUAAUAAAGUUGUGUCACUAUUAGAUGAAAAUAUGUUAAAUACAUAUAUGAUGAGAGCCAAUAUUGAAAUUUAUAAUUUGGUUUUUAUAAUUAUAUGCUUGUUUUUUAAAAGAGCUAGUUUAUUAAAUUUAAUUAUUUAUUUACAUUUCUUUAAAUUAAAAUACAGCUCCUCAGAUGCUUAUUUUCAUGCUUGUUUUUCUAAAAAUGGAGAAAUUAUUCGACAAUAUUUGUCUCAUCCCAAGGUGCCUAAAAUAUUUCUAAAUAUAUUCAACAAGUUGUCUCAUUAUUUUAACGUUUACUUAAGAUAUAGAAGAAGAUAA